UCCUGCUUCUCAAUGGCGGCUGUGACUCGUGUAUCGAAGCUCGCCGGACUCUCUCAGAUACGGCGAUGUAUGUGCUCUUCUUCAGCCGCGGCGGUGGCUGAAGCCGAGACCGCACCUUCCUUCCUCCAGAGCUACAAAAUCACGCGUAGAGAUCCGAAGGAGAGGAAUGUGCAGUGGGUGUUCCUGGGAUGUCCUGGCGUUGGAAAGGGAACCUAUGCGAGCCGCCUGUCGAACCUGCUCGGCGUUCCCCAUAUCGCCACAGGCGAUCUCGUCCGUGAAGAACUCGCCUCCUCGGGUCCUCUAUCUCAACAACUAACUGAGAUUGUAAACCAAGGAAAAUUGGUUUCUGAUGAAAUUAUUAUUAGUUUAUUGUCAAAGAGACUUGAGGCUGGAGAAGCAAAAGGUGAAUCCGGAUUUAUUCUUGACGGUUUCCCUCGGACUAUUAGACAAGCUGAAAUACUGGAAGGAGUAACUGACAUUGAUUUGGUGGUCAAUCUGAAACUUCGAGAAGAUGUCUUGAUUGAGAAAUGCCUUGGGAGAAGAAUUUGCAGUGAGUGUGGGAAAAACUUCAAUGUGGCUAACAUCAAUGUCAAGGCUGAGGAUGGGAAGCCUCGAAUUAGCAUGGCUCCACUUCUUCCUCCAUCACAUUGUAUGUCAAAGCUUAUAACACGGGCUGAUGAUACUGAAGACGUGGUGAAAGAGAGACUUCUCAUAUACAAUGAAAAGAGUCAACCUGUUGAGGAAUACUAUCGCAGUCAAGAAAAGUUGAUGGAAUUUGAUCUGCCUGGGGGUAUCCCUGAGUCCUGGCCUAAGUUACUGGAGGCUCUUAGUCUUGAUGAUUUUGAGGAGAGGCGGUCUGCUGCAGCAUAAAUCAUUAUGGACAACUGUAGUUUUAAAGGUGAGUCUGUUAUUCUUUGCAUGAAGGAGGAACAUGCUUUCAAUUUUGCAAGAAAAUCAGAAGAUAACUUGUCACAUUUUUUGAAUAAGCUUCUGUAGAUCUUGAUCAGUUAUAUUUCAACUGAUGCCUUGGUAUGACUGUUGUGUUUUUUCCACUCAUUUAGAAGACAUCGUGUUGUAUCUUAGUUUUUGAGAGAACAAAUUUGAUGGACUAUAUACCAAGGGGUCCAUCCUGAGAUGAAAUAAAUUUGAAUACAUGGUGAUAUUUACUGUGUAUUGACUAUUGAUCAACUUGCAACUUCAAGUCCUUAAAAGUGGUUAAAAUGUAGAGCCCAAGUGAAGCAUAUGAUAUCAUGGCUCACCAACAGUAGGAAAGCAUGUAUCUCUUAACUCUUUUAGCAAUCGUUCUUUUUGUUGGUAUGCCUAUCUUGUAAUCA